ACUCUAGUCUUUACAACCUUCACUUAAGUGGACUCUUUGGAACAUGAGAUUGGAAAACAAGAUCUUCAACUCCUCCGAAUUCCGAUGGCUCCUACAAACCUGCCCAUCGCACUUGUCCGCCUCUUCAUCUUCUCUUCUCUGGUGAGAGGACAAGGGGUUGAGGAUUCUGGGAACUACCCAAUAGUGGUGAGCACAUGGCCUUUCGUGGAGGCUGUGAGAGCUGCGUGGGAAGCGGUUGAUAAAGGGUUCGACGCCGUUGAUGCGGUGGUGGAGGGUUGUUCUGCUUGCGAGGAAUUGAGGUGUGAUGGUACAGUGGGUCCUGGUGGCAGUCCGGACGAGAAUGGCGAAACUACAAUCGAUGCAUUGCUUAUGAACGGGGCCACGAUGGAGGUUGGAGCUGUUGCUGCUAUGAGACAUGUAAAGGACGGCAUUAAAGCUGCAAGAUUAGUGAUGCAACAUACAAAACACACAAUGCUUGUCGGUGACCGAGCAUCUGCCUUUGCGAUUUCAAUGGGUCUUCCUGGACCAACAAACCUCAGUUCAUCAGAGUCUAUGGAGAAAUGGGAAUGGAAAGAAAAUCACUGUCAACCUAAUUUUUGGAAAAAUGUUGUGCCUGUUGAUGGCUGUGGCCCUUAUAAACCCAAGGAUAACAUGGGGCUUGAUAUGGGGUUUUGUUCCAUAGGCAAUUCGAUGGGAAUUGUUGAUUCCAGGACAUCUGUUGGUCCUCAUAACCAUGAUACCAUAUCAAUGGCUGUUAUUGAUAAAAUGGGACAUGUGGCUGUUGGUACAUCAACGAAUGGUGCAACCUUUAAGAUCCCUGGCAGGGUGGGUGAUGGACCUAUUGCUGGAUCUUCUGCAUAUGCUGAUGAUGAGGUUGGUGCUUGCAGUGACGGAGAUGGUGACAUCAUGAUGCGCUUCCUUCCAUGUUAUCAAGUUGUGGAGAGCAUGAGACAAGGAAUGGAACCAAAGCUUGCGGCCAAUGAUGCAAUAUCUCGAAUCGCGAAGAAAUUCCCAGAUUAUAUUGGAGCUGUUGUUGCUGUCAAUAAGAAAGGUGAACAUGCUGGUGCAUGUUAUGGAUGGACAUUCCAAUACUCGGUCAAAAACCCCGAUAUGGACGACGUAAAGGUUUUCACUGUGCUGCCCUGAAAUUGCUUCUGCCUAACAUGCCUGCUUUCAGUAUUAUCACCAUAAGCGUACAACAAUUCAUCAUAGGACAGCUAUUGAUGUGUAUUUUUGCCAGUGGCAAUGACUAUUCUUCCAAAGUAUUUGUAUAAUGACUAUAUGAACAACUUUGUAGUGCAUACUUUUCAAAAGUUCCUCUCA